GAGAGAAGAGAGUGAGGGACAGACAAGCACCAAGGUCUGUAGCCCAAGGGGCCCCGCUCCCAGGUGGCAGAAGUGCUGAAGGUGGACCAGCAGCCUCUGAGGCCUUCUGGAGUGUCUGCUCCCCGUAUCGCCGAGGAUGGGUCUCCAGGAGAUGUUCUGCUUCUUCCUGGCACUCCUGUUUGGCUCUGUGCUCUUGGUGGCCUCGGCCCCGGCCACUCUCGAGUCUCCUGGCUGCAGCAACAAGGAACAACAGGUCACUGUCAGCCAUACCUACAAGAUUGAUGUGCCCAAGUCUGCCCUGGUCCAGGUGGAGGCUGAUCCUCAGCCCCUCAGUGAUGAUGGGACCUCACUCCUGGCUCCAGGGGAAACUGAGGAACAGAAUAUCAUCUUCAGGCACAACAUCCGUCUGCAGACACCACAGAAGGACUGCGAGCUGGCAGGUAGUGUUCAGGACCUCCUGGCUCGGGUGAAGAAGCUGGAGGAAGAGAUGGCAGAGGUGAAGGAGCAGUGUAGUGCCCAGCGGUGCUGCCCACGAGCUGCUGGUCUGAGUCACCACUGCAGCGGCCAUGGGACUUUCUCCCCGGUCACCUGCAGCUGCCACUGCGAGCAGGGCUGGGAGGGCGCGGACUGCGAGCGGCCCGCCUGCCCCGGGGCGUGCAGCGGCCACGGGCAGUGCGUAGACGGCAGAUGCCUGUGUGAACAGCCCUACGUGGGGAUCGACUGCGCCUACCCCGCCUGCCCGGAGAACUGCAGCGGGCACGGCGCAUGCGUGCGCGGCGUCUGCCAGUGCCACGAGGACUUCACGUCGGAGGAUUGCAGCGAGCGCCGCUGCCCGGGUGACUGUAGCGGCAACGGCUUCUGCGACACGGGCGAGUGCUACUGCGAGGAGGGCUUCACCGGCCUCGACUGCUCCCAGGUGGUUGCCCCCCAAGGCUUGCAGUUGCUCAAGAGCACCGAGGAUUCCCUGCUGGUGAGCUGGGAGCCCUCCAGCCAGGUGGACCACUACAUCCUCAGCUACUAUCCCUUGGGGAAGGAGCGCUCUGUGAAGCAGAUCCAAGUGCCCAAGGAGCACCACAGCUAUGAAAUCCUCGGUUUACUGCCUGGAACCAAGUACAUUGUCACCCUGCGCAACGUGAAGAAAGAGAUUUCUAGCAGCCCACAGCACCUACUCGCCACCACAGAUCUUGCUGUGCUUGGCACCGCCUGGGUGACAGAUGAGACUGAGAACUCCCUCGACGUGGAGUGGGAGAACCCCUCAACGGAAGUGGAUUACUACAAGCUGCAGUAUGGCCCCCUGACAGGCCAAGAGGUGGCCGAGGUCACCGUGCCCAAGAGCAGUGACCCCAAGAGCCGAUAUGACAUCACAGGUCUGCAGCCGGGGACGGAGUAUAAGAUCACAGUUGUCCCCAUGAGGGGGGACCUCGAGGGCAAGCCAAUUCUCCUGAAUGGCAGGACAGAAAUCGAUAGUCCAACCAAUGUAGUCACUGAUCAAGUGACAGAAGACACAGCGGUGGUGUCCUGGGACCCAGUCCGGGCUGUCAUUGAUAAGUAUGUGGUGCGCUACAUCUCUGCUGAUGGGGAGACUAAGGACACAGCGGUACCCAAGGAGCAGAGCAGCACCGUCCUGACGGGUCUGAAGCCUGGAGAGGCUUAUGAAGUCUACGUGUGGGCCGAGAGGGGCAGCCAGGAAAGCAAGAAGGCCGACACCAACGCCCUCACAGAAAUCGAUAGCCCCAAAAACCUGGUGACCGACCUGGUGACAGAGAACACGGCCACCGUCUCCUGGGACCCGGUGCAGGCCGACAUCGACAGGUACCUGGUGCGCUACACCUCUGCUGACGGAGACACCAGGGAGGUGCCAGUGGGGAAGGAGCAGAGCAGCACCGUCCUGACGGGCCUGAAGCCGGGCGUGGAGUACACGGUCCACGUGUGGGCCCAGAAGGGGGACCGGGAGAGUGGGAAGGCUGACACCACAGCCCCGACAGAAAUUGACAGCCCCAAAAACCUGGUGACCAACCAGGUGACAGAGAACACAGCCACUGUCUCCUGGGACCCGGUGCAGGCCGACAUCGACAGGUACCUGGUGCGCUACACCUCUGCUGACGGAGACACCAGGGAGGUGCCAGUGGGGAAGGAGCAGAGCAGCACUGUCCUGACGGGCCUGAGGCCGGGCGUGGAGUACACGGUCCACGUGUGGGCCCAGAAGGGGGACCGGGAAAGCGGGAAGGCUGACACCAUGGCUCCGACAGACCUUGACAGCCCCAAAAACCUGGUAACCACCCAGGUGACAGAGAACACGGCCACCGUCUCCUGGGACCCGGUGCAGGCCGUCAUCGACAGGUACCUGGUGCGCUACACCUCUGCUGACGGAGACACCAGGGAGGUGCCAGUGGGGAAGGAGCAGAGCAGCACCGUCCUGACGGGCCUGAGGCCGGGCGUGGAGUACACGGUCCACGUGUGGGCCCAGAAGGGGGACCGGGAGAGCAGGAAGGCCGACACCACGGCCCCGACAGACCUUGACAGCCCCAAAAACCUGGUAACCACCCAGGUGACAGAGAACACGGCCACCGUCUCCUGGGACCCGGUGCAGGCCGUCAUCGACAGGUACCUGGUGCGCUACACCUCUGCUGACGGAGACACCAGGGAGGUGCCAGUGGGGAAGGAGCUGAGCAGCACCGUCCUGACGGGCCUGAGGCCGGGCGUGGAGUACACGGUCCACGUGUGGGCCCAGAAGGGGGACCGGGAGAGCAGGAAGGCCGACACCACGGCCCCGACAGACAUUGACACCCCCAAAAACCUGGUGACCACCCAGGUGACAGAGAACACGGCCACCGUCUCCUGGGACCUGGUGCAGGCCGUCAUCGACAGGUACCUGGUGCGCUACACCUCUGCUGACGGAGACACCAGGGAGGUGCCAGUGGGGAAGGAGCAGAGCAGCACCGUCCUGACGGGCCUGAGGCCGGGCGUGGAGUACACGGUCCAUGUGUGGGCCCAGAAGGGGGACCGGGAGAGCAGGAAGGCCGACACCACGGCCCCGACAGACAUUGACAGCCCCAAAAACCUGGUGACCACCCAGGUGACAGAGAACACGGCCACCGUCUCCUGGGACCCGGUGCAGGCCGACAUCGACAGGUACCUGGUGCGCUACACCUCUGCUGACGGAGACACCAGGGAGGUGCCAGUGGGGAAGGAGCAGAGCAGCACCGUCCUGACGGGCCUGAGGCCGGGCGUGGAGUACACGGUCCACGUGUGGGCCCAGAAGGGGGACCGGGAGAGCAAGAAGGCUGACACCAUGGCCCCGACAGAAAUUGACAGCCCCCAAAACCUGGUGACCACCCGGGUAACAGAGAACACGGCCACCGUCUCCUGGGACCCGGUGCAGGCCGACAUCGACAGGUACCUGGUGCGCUACACCUCUGCUGACGGAGACACCAGGGAGGUGCCAGUGGGGAAGGAGCAGAGCAGCACCGUCCUGACGGGCCUGAGGCCGGGCGUGGAGUACACGGUCCACGUGUGGGCCCAGAAGGGGGACCGGGAGAGCGGGAAGGCCGACACCACAGCCCUCACAGACAUUGACCCUCCCCAAAACCUUCGUCCGUCUUCUGUAACACAGUCUAGUGGGGUAUUGACCUGGAAACCCCCAUCUGCUCAGAUCGAUGGCUAUAUUCUGACCUACCAAUUCCCAGAUGGCACUGUCAAGGAGGUGCAGCUUGGACGAGGGGACCAGAGGUUUGAGUUGCAAGGCCUUGAGCAAGGUGUCACCCUACCUGUCUCCUUGGUUGCCUUUAAGGGUGAUCGCCGUAGCAGGAGUAUAUCCACCACCCUUUCCACAGUUGGUGCCCGUUUUCCACACCCUUCGGACUGCAGUCAAGUUCAGCAGAACAGCAACGUCGCCAGUGGCCUCUACACCAUCUACCUGCACGGGGACGCCAGCCGGCCCCUGCAGGUGUACUGUGACAUGGACACGGAUGGAGGUGGCUGGAUUGUCUUCCAGAGGCGGAACACCGGGCAGCUGGACUUCUUCAAGCGCUGGCGGACCUAUGUGGAAGGCUUCGGGGACCCCAUGAAGGAGUUCUGGCUUGGACUCGACAAGCUGCACAACCUCACCACGGGCACGCCCACCCGGUAUGAGGUGAGAGUGGACCUCCAGACGGCCAACGAAUCUGCCUUUGCCAUAUAUGACUUCUUCCAAGUGGCCUCCAGCAAGGAGCGGUACAGGCUCACGGUCGGGAAAUACCGAGGCACCGCAGGUGACGCGCUUACCUACCACAAUGGAUGGAAGUUUACAACCUUUGACAGAGACAACGAUAUCGCCCUCAGCAACUGUGCGCUGACGCAUCACGGUGGCUGGUGGUACAAGAACUGCCACUUGGCCAACCCCAAUGGCAGAUAUGGGGAGACCAAGCAUAGUGAGGGGGUGAAUUGGGAGCCCUGGAAAGGACACGAAUUCUCCAUUCCUUUUGUGGAGUUGAAGAUUCGCCCCCACGGCUACAGUGGGGAGCAUGUCCUGGGCAGAAAGAAGCGGACACUAGGAGAAAGUUCGAGAACAUUUUGAUGGCCCAUUUGUGCACUCAUCGCUGGAGAGGAGAGAGAGGAGACCAGCCUGGAGUUGGGACCGCAUAAGCAUGGGGUGGGGUGGUAGUGGUGACUGGUUAAGGGAAGUUUGAGAGUUGCUCACAGCCUCUGACUUCUGAGAUGACUAGAUAAUCUGCAGGACAAAGCAUGUCACCAGGCUUCCAACCCUAGAGCUUACCUCUCUGUCACUGGCAAUUUUGUCCACCUACAUGGGGGGCCUGAAAAUGCAAAAGUAGUUGCACAGUGUGAUGGGAAAGACAGCACUGGGACUGCAAGGUUUUCUGGUCUGUCUUCAAUAACAAAUACAUGGGAUUAGGAGGAAAAGUGAAAAAUAUCUAGUACUUCACUCAUUGGAAAUCUCUGGAAAUUGGUAUAAUCACAAACACACACACACACACACACAAUUUAAAGCUCUGCUAAUACAAAUCUUCUGUCUAAAAAGAAGCACCAAAGAGGUUUUCUUUGAUGACAAGGGGCUGACGUAGCUGAAGUUUACCUCCCAUUACGACUGGGUUUUGAGGAAAAAGGCAUAAAUCUUCCCUAAAAAAAAAAAAAAAUUGCUGGUGUUAAUGAGGAAGGAUAAAGCGAACCAAGAGGAACCAAGAGGGGUUCGAAUUUUGCCAAGUCCUGACUGGUGACCGACAUGCUGGAGCCCCUGCUUUCACGUUACUGCUGUUUUCCUUGCCCCCUCUCUGGCCAUCUGCAUAAUCACUUCCAAGGUCUGCAUAUGUUGUGAAUAAAUUCUCACUUAUUUCAACUUUA